GAGGCAUGGUCUUCGUCAUUUCUUUGUGUUCUUCGCUUCUCCCUUCUUCUUCUCUCUCAAGUCAAUUAUUUUGGGGGCAGAGUGGCUAAGCUGCCAAAGUAGCUGCGCCUCUAAAAAUGCCGAGUCUUACCAAGCUCUUUUCCAUGGCAGAAGCCUCCCAGCACAACACCAAAGAUGACUGCUGGGUCGUUAUCGAUGGCAAGGUGUAUGAUUUGUCAUCUUAUUUGGAUGAACACCCUGGUGGAGAUGACAUAGUUCUUGCUGCAACUGGAAAGGAUGCAACUGACGAUUUUGAAGAUGCUGGGCACAGCAAAACUGCAAAGGAGCUCAUGCAGAGCUUUUUCAUUGGCGAGCUCGACACUUCUGAUAUCCCAGAACUUGAAAUUGUCUCUAAGAAUCCAACUAGUGAAGUUUAUGCCAAGAAGCUCAUAGACUUGACAAAGCAAUUCUGGGUUGUCCCCACAAUGGUUGUUGGAGUCUCUGUAUUAGUAGGAUUCUUAUACAUGCGCAAGAAAUGAUGCCAUUGAAAAGUUUAUUGGUUGAGCUGAUUUUAUCACAAUUUUGAAUAAAUUUUUACAAGGAUAGGAAUUCAAAGAACUAGCAAAAGCAAUUGAUUGGAGGAUUGAUUUAAUGCAAGGGUGAUUAAAAAUAUUUUUGCAUAUUUGAGGAUGUGCAAGCCCAUAAACCUGGGAAUUUGUUUUACUUCACUUUUAGAUAGAAUCUGUUAUUUGCCCCCUUGUUGAUAA